AGUACAGAAUGCUAAGGUUGCCAGUCUCACUUCCUCUCACCCCUUGACUGCUUUGAAUACAGCAAUUUCUAGGGGGCACCAGCUCGGGCGGAGAAGACAUCAGUGCCUCUGAGACUGGCAGGCCAGGUGGCUACAAGGCAUCAUGGUUUCCCAGGGCCACUGGUGCUCCCAGAAAAUGCCAGGAUGAUGUUUUUCUCACGCCUGGCUGGGGCUCUGAUCCCUGCCAUGGGCUUCCUCUCCUGCCUGCGACCGGAAAGCUGGGAACCCUGCGUGGAGGUGGUUCCUAACAUUACUUACCAAUGCAUGGAGCUGAAUCUCUACAAAAUCCCCGACAACAUCCCCUCCUCCACCAAGAAUCUGGACCUGAGUUUUAACCCCCUGAGGCACUUAGGCAGCCAUAGCUUCUACAGUUUCUCAGAACUGCGGGUGCUGGAUUUAUCCAGGUGUGAAAUCCAGGUGAUUGAAGAUGAUGCAUUUCAGAACCUAAACCACCUUUCCACCUUGAUAUUAACAGGAAAUCCUAUCCAGAGUUUAUCCCUAGGAGCUUUUUCUGGACUAUCAAGUUUACAGAAGCUGGUGGCUGUGGAAACAAACCUAGCCUCUCUUGAGGACUUUCCCAUUGGGCAUCUCAAAGGCUUGAAGGAGCUUAAUGUGGCUCACAAUCUUAUCCAUGCUUUCAAGUUGCCUGAGUAUUUUUCCAACCUACUCAAUUUGGAGCACUUGGAUCUUUCCAAUAACAACAUUCAAAAUAUUUCUCAUAAAGACUUACAGGUUCUACAUCAAGUACCUUCACAAAAACUCUCUUUAGACUUGUCCCUGAACCCUAUAGACUCUAUUCAACCUGGUUCCUUUAAAGGAAUUAGGCUCCAUGAACUGACUUUGAGAAAUAAUUUUAAUAGCAUGAGUGUAAUGAAAACGUGUAUCCAAAAUCUGGCAGGUUUAGAGGUCCAUAAGUUAGUUUUGGGAGAAUUUAGAAAUGAAAAGAACAUGGAAGAUAUUGACAAAUCUGCCCUGGAGGGACUGUGCAAUUUGACCAUUGAAGAAUUUCGGUUAGCAUACUUAGAUGACACUGUAAAAGAUGCUGAAUUACUUCAUUGUGUGGAAAAUGUUUCUGCAAUUUCCCUGGUGAGUUUAUAUUUAUAUCCUCUAAAAGGCUUUUAUAAUAAUUUCAAAUGGAAAUCUCUAGAAUUAAUUGACUGUAAAUUUGAACAAUUUCCCACAUUGGAGCUAUUUUCUCUCGAAAGGUUUAUUUUCACUGCCAAUAGAGGUGGAAACACAUUUACAGAAGUUGAUCUACCAAACCUUGAGUAUCUAGAUCUCAGUAAAAAUGGCUUGAGUUAUAAGAGUUGCUGUUCUCACACUGAUUUGGGGACAACCAGACUGAGGUAUUUAGAUUUGAGCUUCAAUGGUAUUAUUACCAUGACUUCAAACUUCCUGGGCUUAGAACAACUAGAACAUCUGGAUUUCCAGCAUUCCAGUUUGAAACAGAUGAGUGAUUUCUCAGUAUUCCUAUCGCUCAGAAAUCUCCUUUACCUUGACCUUUCUUAUACUCACACCCAAGUUGCCUUCCAUGGCAUCUUUGACGGGCUGGUCAGUCUUCAAGUCUUGAAAAUGGCUGGCAAUUCUUUUCAAGACAACAUCCUUCCAGAUGUCUUCAAUGAAAUGACUAAUUUGAUAUUCCUGGACCUCUCUGAGUGUCAACUGGAGCAAGUGUCCCAGAAAGCAUUUAAUACACUCUCCAGUCUUCAGUUACUCAACAUGAGCCACAACAAUCUAGUUUCAUUGGAUAUACUUCCUUAUAAGCCUCUCCAAUCCCUGCAGGUUCUGGACUGCAGCUUCAACCGCAUAGUGGCUCUCCAAAAGCAAGAACUACAGGAUUUUCCAAGGAGUCUAGCUUUCUUAAAUCUUACUCAGAAUGACUUUGCUUGUGUUUGUGAACACCAGAGUUUCCUGCAGUGGGUCAAGGACCAGAGGAAGCUCUUGGUGAAAGCUGAGCAUAUGGUAUGUGCAACCCCUUUAGAUAUGAAGGGCAUGCCUGCGCUGAGUUUUAGGAACACCACCUGUCAGAUGAGCAAAACCAUAAUCAGUGUGUCAGUGGUUAUUGUCCUUAUGGUAUCCGUUGUAGUAGUUCUGGUCUAUAAGUUCUAUUUUCACCUGAUGCUGCUUGCUGGAUGCAAAAAGUAUGGUAGAGGUGAAAGCACCUAUGAUGCCUUUGUCAUCUACUCGAGCCAGGAUGAGGACUGGGUGAGAAAUGAGCUAGUAAAGAAUUUAGAAGAAGGGGUGCCCCACUUUCAGCUCUGCCUUCACUACAGAGACUUUAUUCCCGGUGUAGCCAUCGCUGCCAACAUCAUCCAGGAGGGUUUCCACAAAAGCCGGAAGGUUAUUGUUGUGGUGUCCAAGAACUUUAUCCAGAGCCGCUGGUGCAUCUUUGAGUAUGAGAUUGCUCAGACCUGGCAGUUUCUGAGCAGCCGAGCUGGCAUCAUCUUCAUCGUCCUGCAGAAGGUGGAGAAGUCCCUGCUCCGGCAGCAGGUGGAUCUGUACUGCCUUCUCAACAGGAACACCUACCUGGAGUGGGAGGACAAUGCCCUGGGGCGACACAUCUUCUGGAGACGACUCAGAAAAGCCCUGCUGGAUGGUAAACCAUGGAGUCCUGAAGCGGCAGCAGGUGUAGAGUGCAACUAGAAGGAAGCAGCAACUUCUACCAGAAAAGGAGAAAACUGAGGUGCUCCUUGCCCAGCUGGACUCAGUGCUUGUUUAGUUAAAGCAGUAUUAAAUUCUGCAGUGAGGCAGAUAUUAUGCUAAAGUCAAGUGAUUCAGUGGCAUACAAGAUGCACAGGAUUACUAAUCUCAUGGAAUUUACAGUACAGUGCAGAGGAAAUAAAUUCUGAGAUAAAAUGCAGAGCCUUCCAGGUGGGCAUUCAACCAGGUCAGCCAAGGAGUCCAUGACAGAAAAAGUCACUUUAGCUCUUAUGCCAUCAAAUUGAAUAAGAACGGAAGAGUCUGGGCCCCAGUAAAAGCAGAAAGGGACAUUGUUCCUCUCCUGAGUCAUUUGUUGUUUUUUUUUUGUUUGUUUGUUUUUUUGUGGUUUUUGGCCGGGGCUGGGUUUGAACCUGCCACCUCCGGCAUAUGGGACCAGCGCCCUACUCCUUGAGCCGCAGGCGCUGCCCUCUCCUGAGUCAUUUGAAUGGAAACUACUUUGUGUAUUAUGUUUUAACCAUCUUAAAACAAUUUUGGUAAUUUCAAACUAACAGGGUGCUUGUUCACUGUCCCUCUUUCUAUUGAAUACAACUCAAAUUCUAUGUGAUGACUGAGAAGCUUCCUGAUUUAGGAUGUUCCUUCCAUUUCAAGUCAGUUUUUGUAAAAAGGUUGCAAUUGUAUGGCUGAUUCUUAAGGACAUCUGAUUAGCAUGUGCUCACAAACAUCCUGGUCAUUCCUUAGCAUGUUCUAUUUAUUGACGAAUAAUCCUUGAUGUAUUUUUGUUUGCACAUAUCCAUAUCUCAUUUUUCAUGUCUAUAAACCCACAUCAUAAAUAAAGUUGUUAGAGACAUGUUGGAAAUAUCCAUAUUUAACAACUAUUUUUCAAGCAAGUAUGUAAAAUGCACUCUGUCAUUUUGUCACUUGAUGUCACCUUAAAGUUAUUACCUACUAAGUUAUGGCUGUCAUGUAUCCAGCAUUAAAAUAAUUUGGUUGGAAGGGGCACUUUUUUUUUUUAACAUGGGGAGAAAAGUCCAACUUUAUGCUCUUAUAAUGAGUAAUUUAAGCUGGAAGCAGGAGAAGAAGGGAGCUGACUUCAGGAGCUCACUUUUUCUUGACAAUUUCACAAAGGUAAGUGUUAAUAUGGCCCCAUGAAAAGAGAUGAAGUUUCGGGACAAGUGUUGUUUGACAGACCUUGGAAUCUCCUCCGGGAGACUUGGAGGACUGGAGUUCCUGCCCUCCACCCUACCACUGCCAAGACACCUGCCUGUGGAAGGAUUCCAGAUGGGAAGCUCACACCUUUGUCUCCUGCUGAAUGCUGCGCUCUACCACUCUGUGGGAAGGAUGGGUGUUGUCAUUGAGAAAACCACGUGUCCAGGGUUCGUGGGGCCAUAGGAAGUUUUUCCAGCUUUCCCAGAAAUGGUGCAUUCAAAGGGAACAAUGAGUAUGUCAUCAGGGAAAUGCAAGUCAGAAGCACAAUGAGAAAUCAACUCAUGCCAGUUCGGAUGGCUACUAUGUAAAACAGGUAAUGCAUGUUGGUGAGCACGAGGAGAAAUUAUGCUGUUGGUGGGAAUGUAAAAUGGUAUAGCCAUUAUGGGAAACAGUGUGCAGGUUCCUCAAAAUAAUGAAAAAAUAGAACUACUGUAUGAUCCAGAAAUCUCACUUCUGAAAUCAGAAUCUCAAAAACAUGUCUGCAAUCUCAUGUUCAUUACAGUAUAUUCACAGUAGCCAGGUUAUAGGAACAAUCCAAAUGUCCACUGAAAAAUAAAUGGAUAAACACAUACAUUGGAAUAUUAUUCAGCCUAAAAAAUAAUAAAGGAAAUCUUGUCAUUUGUGACAACAUAGAUAACCUGAAGGUCAUCAUGUUAAGUCCAAUAAAGCACUCACCAGAGAUAUAAAUACUGUCCAAUUUUACUUAUAUGGGUAUUAAAAUAGUCCAACUCACAGAUACAGAGAAUAGAACCAUAGUUCCUUGGGAUGAGUAGGGGAAAGAUGGGGAAAAAGGGAGAUGUUGCUUAACUGGUAUAAAGUUAUAGUCAUACAAGAUAAAUCAGUUCUAAAAAUCAGCUAUAUGUCAUAUUAUCUUCAAUGAACAAUACUAUAUUGGGUAUUUAAAAAGUUAUUAAGAGGGUAGAUCUCAUGUUAAAUGUUCUUAACAUUCUCUCUCUCUCACACACACACAUCAUAUGCAAAAAAUUUAAAAAAAAGGACAUACUUUGCCUAACAAAUGCAAACAGUGUAAGCUAAUUCUUUGUACCCUCAAUGAACCUGAAAUAAUAAUAAAAAAAAAAUUAUCCUAAAUAACAGGGCACAGGAAACUUUUGUAAACUUGUAGAGGUGGUGGUUAUCGGUAGCAUCUAUUACCUCCAUUGUUGUGACUUCCAAAUUCAUCA